CAACAACAUUAAGAAUCAUUUGCAAAAUAUACCAAAUGGGUUCGAUUAUAUUCAUUUUAAUAAUAGGAAAUGCGGUUGGAGCAACGUUUGGACAAACAUACAAGGAAAUGGACUCUUUGUUAGGACAUCUUUUUGAUGAGAAAAGAUAUAACAAAAUGCUUAGACCUCUACUUAACCAGACUGAUGUUAUAAAGGUAAAUUUUACACAAUUUAUAAGUAGCAUCGAAUAUUUUGACAUCACAACAGGAGAAUUGCUUGUCAACGGGUAUUUUGAAAUAGAAUGGAUAGAUGAAAUGCUUAAAUGGGACCCAGAUCUGUAUGCAGGAAAGAAACGAAUAAUGUUACCUAAAGGAAAACACUGGAAACCGGAUUUUUACCUCACAAAUGGACCAGCAAAUGAGGAAUCCUCAGUUUAUGGGAGCGGAUUUGCACCGGCAUGGGCCACAUAUCAAGGAUCGGUGAGGACUAUUCCGGCUGGAAGUUAUAAAACAAAAUGUAAUGUUGACACUUCGUUUUACCCAUACGAUAUGCACACGUGCUACUUUAAAUUUAUUGUGUCCAACCAUGAUGAUACAGAAAUCAUGCUUAACUCACCAAGUACGGAUAUUAUCGUUAGUGAUUUAAAAGAAAAUGGAGAAUGGGAAAUAAAGGGUACCAAUAUAAACAUUUUGCUACUGAAGGAUAACAACAUAGAAAAUGUGACAAUACCAAUGUUUCAGUCAUCGUUUGCGAUAAAAAGAAGACCAACGUUUGAAUUAGUAAAUGUAUUUAUGCCUUUCACACUUAUGUCUUGUCUAAAUAUGGCAACAUGUUUUGUACGUCCAGACUCUGGUGAAAGAUUAACAUUUGCGAUAACGCUGUAUUUGUCAUUAGUUGUCACUACAACAGCUGCAACUGAAAGAAUUCCUGAAAACUCUUUAAAACUACCUUACGUGUCGUACCAGCUUCUUGUAUUAAAUUGUAUCAACACUGUUGGGGUGUUAUGGAGUAUAUACAUCGUAAAUUACGCAGGCAAACCAGAAGUGCAACAUCUCCCGAAUUGUUUGUUAAGAAAAGUGAUGAAGCGGAGAAAGACAAAGAUAUUAAAUGAUAAAAACAUUCCUUCACAAACAUCUUCAUUUUCACUCAUGUCACUUGAACAGGCGAAGAAUGGUGAUCGUAAGAAUACUCAAAGUAAGAAUGAACAUCUUGAGGAAGAAAAUCAACCUAUUCCCGCACACGAAGUAGCCGAAGCUCUUGAUAGAAUUUAUUUUUGGGCUAUUGUUUCGUGCAUUAUUGUUGUUGAUAUUACAUUUGUUGGACUUAGCUUACGUUCAAGAGCUGGUACAUGUAGGCUUUGA